AUGUCUGGGGCACCUGCUGACCCGCCCGCGGGUCCAGUGGUCGUGGAGGCUCACCAAGUUGACAGCGUCCAUGUCCCUCAAGCGUUUUAUAACAACCAUCCUGCCAGGCCUCACAUACAAGACUUGGACGAGUAUAUGCAACUCUAUCAAGAAUCAAUCAAUGACCCAGACACGUUCUGGGCGCGUAUGGCCCACGAUCUUAUCAGCUUUGAAAAGAACUUUGAGAAAACACAUAUGGGUUCCUUCGAAGGGGGAGAUAACGCCUGGUUUGUGGGUGGCCGCCUCAACGUUUCGUAUAACUGCGUCGAUCGCCACGCUAUGAAAACUCCAGAUAAGGUUGCAAUUAUUUAUGAAGCCGAUGAGCCUGGUCAUGGGCGUGAAAUCAGUUAUAGCGCUUUACUGAGAGAUGUCUGCCAGCUUGCCUGGGUCUUGAAAAAACAAGGGGUUCGAAAGGGCGAUACAGUUGCCAUUUAUCUUCCCAUGAUUCCGGAAGCUAUUGUGGCGCUUCUUGCUUGCGCUCGUAUUGGCGCUAUCCAUUCCGUCAUUUUUGCUGGGUUUUCUUCCGAUUCCCUUCGAGACCGAAUCUUAGAUGCCCAGUCAAAAUUCGUCAUCACAGCGGACGAGGGAAAACGGGGAGGAAAAGUUAUUGGAACCAAGAAAAUUGUAGACGAGGCUCUGAAACAGUGUCCUGAUGUUGUCAAUUGCAUUGUUUUUAAGAGGACAGAUGCAAAUAUUUCAUGGACUGAAGGACGUGAUUUGUGGUGGCAUGAAGAGGUUGAAAAAUACCCAAAUUACAUUGCCCCCGAAUCAAUGGACUCUGAAGACCCGCUUUUUCUUCUGUAUACCUCUGGAUCUACAGGCAAGCCAAAAGGUGUUAUGCACACAACAGCUGGGUAUCUUGUUGGUGCGGCUGCUACCGGCAAGUAUGUCUUUGACAUCCAUCCUAACGACCGAUUCUUUUGCGGUGGUGAUGUUGGCUGGAUUACCGGGCAUACUUAUGUUGUUUAUGCUCCAUUGGUCACAGGAUGCACCACAGUUGUUUUUGAGAGCACACCAGCAUACCCCAACUUCUCGCGCUAUUGGGAUGUUAUUGAGCAGCACAAAGUCACCCAGUUUUAUGUGGCGCCCACUGCAUUGCGCCUAUUGAAGCGUGCUGGUGAUCAUCAUAUCCGUCAUGAAAUGAAAGAUCUCCGGAUCCUGGGCUCUGUUGGAGAACCAAUUGCCGCAGAAGUUUGGAAAUGGUAUAAUGAGGCUGUUGGCAAAGGAGAAGCCCAUAUUGUGGAUACAUACUGGCAAACUGAAACUGGUUCACAUGUCAUUACUCCUCUUGGUGGCAUCACGCCAACUAAGCCAGGCAGUGCUUCAUUCCCAUUUUUUGGUAUUGACCCUGUUAUUAUUGAUCCGAUGUCAGGUGAAGAGAGAGUUGGCAAUGAUGUAGAAGGGAUCCUUGCUUUCAGAAAGCCUUGGCCAAGUAUGGCUCGCACUGUGUGGGGUGACCAUAAGAGAUACAUGGACACCUAUUUUAACGUUUAUAAGGGCUACUAUUUUACUGGCGACGGUGCUGGACGUGACCACGAAGGCUAUUACUGGAUAAGGGGGCGUGUGGAUGACGUUGUAAACGUAUCUGGACAUCGCCUGUCAACGGCAGAGAUUGAGGCAGCUCUCAUUGAACACCACUCCGUUGCCGAAGCUGCUGUUGUUGGCAUUGCUGAUGAGCUGACUGGACAAGCUAUCAAUGCUUUCGUAUCCUUAAAAAAUAGCAACGAAAAUACUGAUAUGAUCCGAAGCGAGAUGAUUCUACAAGUUCGCAAAUCUAUUGGCCCGUUCGCUGCCCCUAAGGCUGUCUUUGUUGUCGAAGAUCUUCCAAAAACUCGUAGCGGAAAGAUCAUGAGACGUAUUCUGAGAAAGAUCGUGUGUGGUGAGGAAGAUAGUCUGGGUGAUAUUUCAACACUCUCUGACCCUACGGUGGUGGCUAAAAUCAUUGAUACCUUCCAUGCCGCGACCAAGAGACCAAAGUAG